CUCGGUGUUCGUGUUCACCGAGUGUGAAAGGCAGAUGUGGUAAAAACGAUCUUUCCCGGCCGAUUCAGGAUUGAACUAAAAUAUCCCAAACCACGAUUUGAUACCAGAGUACAUCACGAACACAUUAUUAUUGUGAUAUUUUUGAAGCUAGGAUUUUGAGCUCAGCCGUUACGCCAACGUCAGGUUUACCCGCUUGAUAAUGCCGGAAACUUCUAUACAACUAUAAUGCUGGUGUGAUAUACAAAUUAUACGAGUCUGGCCCCAGUGAGAGGUCUGUAGCGCGUGGUAUGCGGUGUAAACGCUAUUUUGGCGGGCAGAUAGUAACGCCAUAAUAUCAGGGUCUAAUGAAGAAAACACAAGCGUCGAUAGAAAUCAUCUUCUUCAUAUAAAAUAGCAUCAGUCAGACAACAGAAUGCUUAAAGCUUACAACGCCGCGAUAAACUUUCCCCCUCUCCAAACUCCUCGACAGCGACGAAUCACAAACCAUAUACCAUCUUACAAACCAGCGUACAAUAGCCCACGAGUUACCAUCAAUGUCAGCGGUAUGCGCUAUGAGACAUACGAGGAAACCUUGGGAAACUUUCCGGACACUCUACUCGGCUCUCCAUCAAGACGCAGGGAAUUUUACAGCACGGCACAAGAUGAAUACAUUUUCGUUCGAGAUAGGCCGUCGUUUGACGCCAUUUUGUUUUUUUACCAAUCACGCGGUAUACUUGCCAGACCGCCAACGGUCAGUGAAGAAACAUUUCUGCAAGAAAUUGAGUUUUACGGUUUGCCCGGCAGUUAUUACUCAGACAACUUCGAAGAUCUGUCGGCCUCGCGAGAAGAUGUGGAGGACCUUUUACCCCUUAGCCCACACAAACGAAAGCUAUGGCUAUGGUUCGAGUAUCCACGGUCAUCAAGAACUGCGCGGAUUCUUGCUCUUUGGUCGAUUUUCGUCAUUAUGUUUUCGACUGUUGUGUUCUGUAUCGAAACUAUUCCAGCGCUUGCGCUUCAACCAAAGACAACUUACCAGAACGUUAGCGUAGGAGGCCAUUACACCCGUGUGCCUUACCAAGAAAAUAUUGUUGAUUAUUGGUUCGUUAUGGAGGGGAUAUUCGUCGCAUGGUUUACCCUUGAGUACUCUAUUCGUCUAUAUUCAGCACCAGUCGUUUGGCAUUUUGUCAAGUCCACAAUGGGGAUAUUAGACGUUUUAGCUAUUAUGCCAUUCUAUGUAACGUUGGCAUUUCAAUCCAGCACCGAGGAGGUGCGUUCUUUCGCCGUGUUACGCGCUAUAAGAUUAUUCCGAGUUCUGCGUGUUUUUAAACUCUCCAGAUAUAGUGAUGCCGUCAAAUUAUUAGUCAACACUAUAUACUCCAGCGUAGAGCAGCUCAAGACUUUAGGAUUUUGCAUCUUAGUAGCUGUAGUGUUAUUCUCUAGCGCAAUUUUCUACGCCGAAGGCGAUCCAAACAUUACAAGUAUUCCAGACGCCUUUUGGUGGACGAUAAUCACCAUGACAAGUGUAGGUUAUGGUGAUGUGACUCCCAUUACUCCCCUGGGAAAAUUUGUGGGUGCAUUUUGUGCCAUGAGUGGGGUGGUACUGUUCUGUCUCCCCACACCGGUCCUGGUAUCUAAUUUUGUCAGGUUUUACCUUCAGUACGGAGAUCUUACCGAAAGGAAGCGAGCUUUUGCUCACAAUUUAAAGCAGUUAUUCCUUAGGUCAAACAAAUGAGAAAGACUUUUGCUGCUCUGCUGAUAUGGUCGGUGGAGGGCCGCUGUAUCCAUCCAUCCAUUAGUAGAGGACCUCAAUGGGAACAUGGCUUUUACACCUAACGGUUAAAUUUUUGGCCACGGUACGGCUAACGAUUAAUUUCUUUCUUUUAAAGUUAAAGCAAAAAAUGUUAUUUUUACUCUCUUUAGGACUAACAAUUAAAAUUUGUCAACUUUUACGCUCAACAGCUAAUGUUUUUGCCGUUUUGAAGUUAACGGUUUACUCCAUUAAGGCCCUCUCAGUACAUAAUUUGUUUUAUUUGUCCCCACUAGUUUUUUUACAUUCUAUGGAAAUAUUUUGUUAUUAGGUCACUGACUCUU